CAACCUUCCCCCUCGCCAUCCGUCACUCUCAUCUCAUCUCUCUCAUCUCUUCCAUUAUCCCCCCACCGCCGGCUCCCACGGCAUGGGACACGCACAGUAAUGGAGCCUCGCCCAAGCAGCGCGUCUCACACGUCCGCGGCCGAUAUUGGGGAUCUCCUCGACGGCCUCGGUGCCGAUGAUUUCAACGACGACUUUGACGACGACUUCAUCGACCCACCAUCCUCCCACCGCCAAACACUGUUUCCAUCACCCCUUCCGCCACCACCACUACGACCACCUCAUCCUCCCGAAGAUGAUGACUUCUAUGAGCCUCCGGCCCCCACGCCCGCGCACAUCCCUGAAAUCGUCUCGUUCGCUACUGGGCGAGGGCGGCAACUUGCCCGACCCAGUGAAGUGGCGAUGAACCGCGCACUCAAGCUCGUACGCGCAGCAGAGCGUGACGCCGAGCUCGAAGACGAGCCCAAUAAGCGGCCGCGCACCGAGUCGCCCAAGCCGAUCCCUCAUCUUUCGCAGCUUCCACCAUCAUCUGUACCGGAAAGUCCCUUGGUAGGCCGCGGAUUUGGCCUGGCGAGUGGUCGUCCUGCGCCGCCUCAGAAUGAGGCAUCACGCGCGCGGGCCCUCGCCCUCUUUGGAGAGAACACACCACUCAAGUCUGGUCAGACUGUAUCCCAGCUUGACUCCCGUUCGGACGCAGCUCCACCGCCGGCAGAUCCGGGGUCCUACGCUCUCUCUUUGCUCGGGGAAGGUACACCGGUGAAGCAACGGGUGUCGGUGCCCGGGUUUCAGCUUGGGACGGGAUACAGUGCACCACCUCCAGCUGGCCCAACCGCCCCCGCGCUCGCUUUGUUCGGAGAAGAAACGCCCAUCAAGCAGACCUCGUCCGGUUUCCAGCUUGGCAGCGGUUCCAGUGCGCCCCAAACCUCGGCUGGGGCACGAGCGCGCGCCCUCGCCCUCUUUGGCGAGAAUGCCGGAUCAUCCACUGGCGCCAGCCUGGGGUUCUCGACGGGGUCUGGAAAGCCAACGCAAGCGCCCAAGCCGGAGAGCCUGGCGUUCGCCAUGGCAUUGAUGGCUGACGAUCCUCCGACUUCCACUGUCGUGCCGGAGAGUGCAGCUACGCCUCAGAGGCCGUCGACGCCCGCGUUCUCAGCGCCGCGUUACACGACCAGCUUCAGCGCACCUAUGCGCACACCGUCAAGAGUGCCAUUAGCUGGGCUUGCAACUCCUAGAUCCACAUCCAAGCUCUCCAACCGCAUCAACAUUCAAACACCCGGCUCAACACCGCGCCGGAUCGGCCUCGGCGCAACCUUUGGGCACGCAAGAACAAAGCCCAAGAACGGGUUCAUCACGCCCUUUAAGCGCGGAGCAAAGACUGUGCCGGGGCCCUUGAUGCUGCGUGCCCCGCUCUCGGUACACACUCCCUCCAGACCGCCAAGGACCCCGAACAUCUACAAGUCGGUCUUUGAUCUCACCCCACCGCCGCAUCGCAAAGGAAUGCGCGAGUCAUUCCUUUACCCUGGAUUCUACAAGCCGGCAGAGCUCGCCGAGUUCGGCCUGUGAGUUGGAGAUGGUGGGAGGAGCUUAUGUCAGACCGGACGAGAUCUGGACACUGAACCUCACUAACGCCGUGUACUACCAGUUCAUCGGCGAAGAUGCGAGUGUGCUCGGCACGGUGCAAGCUCU